ACGUAUGAAGAAUCUCGCCGACACCAACAGUCAGGUUGUUUAGUAGCUGCUGUCGAGCAUUAACUGCACGAAUAGUGAGGUUUACAAAGGCAAACUUAAAACCAAACCGUCUUGACUCUGUAAUCACCAUGUCGUUUUGUUCGUUUCUUAAUAGUGAGGUUUAUAAGGACCAUUUUAAGCCAGGGAUAUACGUGUGCUCCCAGUGCCGCCACCCUCUCUUCUCCAGCAGGUCAAAGUUCGCACACUCCUCCCCCUGGCCUGCCUUCACUGAGACCAUCAGAGAAGACAGUGUCACCAAGAUGAUGGAGUCUCUCACCGCCUUCAAGGUGCUGUGUGGGAAGUGUGGGAGCGGCCUGGGCCACGAGUUUGUGAACGACGGCCCUGAGGAGGGGCGCUCGCGCUUCUGAAUAUUCAGCCACUCGCUGAAGUUUGUCCCCAACAAAGACAAGCAGUAGAGGCGAGGACGUUAGGAGCCAACACAGGAAGUGCUGUAGAAAGUAGGAAGCUGUAGUCCGCACAACAACCACCACCACCAUCCCAGGCCUCCAUGUUGGAGGGGCCGGUCAGCCAAUGAUGUGGACAGGGUUCAGGCCUGAGAAGGACACCUUGUCACACGGAUGAACAUCUGACCUGCCUGGCCACUAGGACCUGGGGGUGGAUCAGGUAGCAGAGUAUCAUGUCCUGGAGACCUCUUAUGAACGUACUUGAUAAGGAUAUCUUAUCAAGAGUGCAAUGAUUUCUAUUGUGAUAAUAAAAAGAAUGUGUAAAGUAUUUACAUUUUAAUGUAGACAUCAUAGCUCCUUGUAGUCCAAGCAGGGUACAAGAAACCAAUGUAUUUAUGUAAUCUUUUGAUUGUAGAUCAAUGCACCAAUGGGAGCAAGGAGGAAGCAAAUGUAUCUCUAAAUGUUAGCAUUUUCAUUUCUUUACUAACAUUUGCUUCCUUCAAUUUUGAUGAUUUCAAACCCACGUUGAGGGUUAUUCUGUAUACUUCCUGUUUCUUCACUUGAAUGCCUGUUUGCACUAUGAGCCAUGCUAUUAUUAUUCUUCAACAAAUUUGCAUGACUCCUCAUUGGUCUAUGUCCUGUAUGUUAUUAAUGCAUUUCUUGUUAUAUAUAUGUUAGAGUACUUCAUUUCGAUACAUGUUGUUUGAUAUUGUAGUUUUAUUAUUUGUAUCAACCAAAGCAAUACCUAAGCUAUGUUUGUUUUUGAAUCAGUUAGGUACUUUAGCAGUCUUAUCUAAUUUGUCCUUGUUGAUAAAGACAUUGAUAACCUCAUGGUUUAAACUCUUAUAACUCAGCAAAAGAGAGUGACAAUAAAUAAGUGACCAAAGUUGGA